UUUGCCGCCGGGAAUCCCUGACGAGUGUGUUUGAUACUGUGUCGGACACCCGGGGGAGGGAGGAAUCCCCUGCAUUGUCUCUCGUAGUGACGGGCUUCAGACAGAGCCCUGGCUUCCAGGUCUGAGACCUAAGGGCUAGGUGCAUGUUGUGUGGCCUCCUCCUCUCGGGGCGGAGAGAGGAAGGGAUGAUAGUGAUCUAGCCGAGCAGGGGGUUGUCUUGCACGCUGCAGUCGAUUCUACUACAGCUCCCAUCACUCAUUCCCAGCGGGCUGGGGUCAGGGGGACCUGGAGAUGGCAGCCUACAGAGAUCACUGAUCCCCACGCAGAUCCCGGGGAUCCUUUGGCAUCGUGGCUCCUGCACAAGCCUUUGUCACUUAUUAUACUGGGUGGGGGGUGUUCAGACCAGUAAAACCAGUGGGCCUUAUUACGGGGUUCAGGUGUACAUUUAGAGUAUACUGGUGGGCGUUAUUCUGUGUACUGGCUGCUCUGGCUAAGGGUGAUUAGAGUGGGAGCUUGUGUAUGUAACGUGGGAGGUGCAGGCUAGGUCAUCUAGUACAUGUAAAGGGAAGAUCAGGCUGCCCUGAUGCUUUGGGGUUGCCCCUCGUUCAGUGCCCUGCUGCCCACCCUUCCGAGCUUCACCAGGCUGACCACAUCCUGAACCUUGCCAUGUGACUUUAGCCGUGAUCUGCCCGCAAUGUUUCGCAUGGUUUGCAGUCGACUGUGUCCUGGAGAAGAGAAACGAGUUGGAACUCGUACUGUGUAUGUUGGCAACCGGCCAACUUCAGAAACAGAUGCCUUCAUUGCGCAGAAAUACUGUGAUAACAGAAUUGUCUCAUCGAAGUACACUGUGUGGAACUUUAUCCCCAAGAACUUGUUUGAGCAGUUCAGAAGAAUAGCAAAUUUUUAUUUUCUUAUAAUUUUUCUGGUUCAGGCGAUUGUAGAUACUCCGACUAGCCCAGUGACAAGUGGCCUUCCUCUAUUCUUUGUUAUCACCGUCACCGCAAUUAAGCAGGGUUAUGAAGACUGGCUGCGACAUCGAGCCGACAGAGAAGUCAACAAGAGCACUGUUUACAUUAUUGAAAAUUCUAAAUGUGUCAAAAAGGAGUGUGAAAAAAUAAAGGUCGGUGAUAUAGUGGAAGUGCGAGACAAUGAAACCUUCCCAUGUGACCUUAUCUUACUUUCCACGAGCUGUGGUGAUGGGAUAUGUACAGCUACUACUGCAAGCCUGGAUGGAGAGUCCAACUCUAAGACCUACUUUGCUGUGCGAGAAACCGCCUCAUUGUGCACCGAUGAAGCCAUUGAUUCCCUCACAGCCACAAUCGAAUGUGAACAACCCCAGCCUGACCUUUACAAGUUUGUUGGAAGAAUGAAUAUAUACACUAACCAGGACAUUAAAGCAAGAUCUUUAGGUCCUGAAAAUUUGCUGCUAAAAGGAGCAACUUUAAAGAACACCAGGAAAAUUUAUGGCGUUGCAGUCUACACUGGCAUGGAAACCAAAAUGGCUUUGAACUACCAAGGAAAGUCUCAAAAGCGCUCUGCGGUAGAGAAGUCUAUCAAUGCCUUUCUAAUAGUAUAUUUAUGCAUCCUGGUCUCCAAAGCAACCAUCUGUACCACUUUGAAGUAUGUAUGGCAGAGUAAUCCAGCCAAUGACGAGCCUUGGUACAAUUUGAAAACCCGCAAGGAAAAGGAGUCGUUCAAGAUAUUAAAAAUAUUCACAGAUUUCCUGUCCUUUAUGGUUCUAUUCAACUUUAUCAUUCCGGUGUCUAUGUACGUCACGGUGGAAAUGCAGAAGUUCCUAGGAUCUUUUUUCAUUUCAUGGGAUAAGGAAAUGUAUGAUGAAGAAAUAAAAGAGGGGGCUCUGGUCAAUACUUCUGAUCUUAACGAGGAGCUCGGCCAGGUAGAGUAUGUGUUUACAGAUAAAACAGGGACACUAACAGAAAACACAAUGGAGUUCAUUGAGUGUUGCAUCGAUGGACACAAAUACGACGACACUGUGGACGGUCUGUCUGUGAUUGAUGGCUGUGGUGGAUCAUUUGGGAAAGCUGCAAAGGAGAAAGAGGAGCUGUUUUUACGGGCUUUGUGCUUGUGCCACACCGUACAAAUUAAAAAAGAGUGCCAAACCGAUGGGCUGGUUUCAUCACCAGAUAAUAAAUGUACUUAUGUUUCCGCUUCCCCUGAUGAAAUUGCGUUGGUGAACGGGGCCAAAAAAUAUGGUUUCACAUACAUGGGAAUUGAAAACGACAUCAUGAAAAUUAAAAACCAAAGGAAUGAAUUGGAAACAUACCAGCUCCUUCACGUCCUGAACUUUGAUCCUGAUAGACGACGUAUGAGUGUACUUGUUAAAAGCCACACAGGAAAAAUUUUCCUGUUCUGCAAAGGAGCAGAUUCUUCUAUGUUUCCUCGAGUCGCCCUUGAAGAGAUUGAAAGGAUUAAAGUGCACGUCGAGCAGAAUGCUUUGGAUGGGUAUCGAACGCUAUGCGUGGCUUUCAAAGAACUAAGCCAAGACGAGUAUGACCAAAUGAAUAAGCAGCUGGAUGAGGCAAAAAUGGCUUUGCAGGACAGAGAAGAAAAGCUCUCCAAAGCUUUUGAUGACAUAGAAGCUGACAUGCAUUUGCUGGGAGCCACUGCUGUGGAAGACAGACUCCAAGAGCAGGCAGCAGAAACCAUUGAAGCUCUCCAUGCAGCGGGAAUGAAGGUCUGGGUUCUCACAGGUGACAAGUUGGAGACUGCCAAGUCCACUUGCUAUGCCUGCAGGCUUUUUCAAAACAACACGGAGCUGCUAGAGCUAACCACAAAAACUCUGGAAGAAUAUCAGAGGAAAGAGGACCGCCUGCAAGAGCUGCUACUAGAAUACCACCGAAGGCUGGUGCAAGAGGCUCCCAAACCUAAAGGGGGCUUGAAAAGAAGCUGGUCGGGAAGCCAAGAUUAUGGUCUGAUCAUUGAUGGCUCCUCGCUGUCGCUUAUUUUAAGUUCCGGUUGCAGCUCCAGCCAUUAUAAAAACAUCUUCCUUCAGAUAUGUCAGAAAUGUACGGCGGUACUGUGUUGCCGAAUGGCCCCACUGCAGAAAGCACAGAUUGUCAAAAUGGUUAAGAACAUAAAGGGGAACCCCAUCACUUUAUCUGUCGGAGAUGGUGCCAAUGACGUCAGUAUGAUACUGGAAGCACAUGUUGGGAUAGGUAUUAAAGGAAGAGAAGGUCGCCAGGCUGCAAGGAACAGCGAUUACGCAGUGCCAAAAUUUAAGCACUUGAAAAAACUCCUUUUAGUGCACGGACAUUUGUAUUACGUCAGAAUAGCGCAGCUUGUACAGUAUUUCUUUUAUAAGAACCUGUGCUUCAUUCUGCCGCAGUUUUUGUAUCAGUUCUUUUGUGGAUUUUCGCAGCAGCCACUUUACGAUGCUGCUUAUCUGACCAUGUACAACAUUUGCUUUACGUCUCUACCUAUUCUGGCAUACAGCCUUUUGGAGCAGCACAUCAACAUAGAAACCUUAAUUGCAAAUCCUAAAUUAUACAUGAGGAUAUCUGAUAACGCAAUGCUACAGUGGUGGCCUUUCUUAUACUGGACCUUGCUGGGUGCCUUCGAAGGACUGGUAUUUUUCUUUGGCGUUUACCUUCUCUUUCAAAACCCAGCACUGGAAGGCAAUGGACAGGUGUAUGGAAACUGGUCCUUUGGAACGAUAGUCUUCACUACACUAGUGUUUACAGUUACCUUGAAGCUUGCCCUGGAUACUCGCUACUGGACUUGGUUGAACCAUUUGGUUAUCUGGGGCUCCUUGGCAUUCUAUGUUAUAUUCUCAAUCUUCUGGGGGGGAAUAAUUUGGCCAUUUCUCAAACAGCAACGAAUGUAUUUUGUAUUUUCUCAUAUGCUGACUUCCGUAUCUGUCUGGCUUGCGAUAAUCCUUCUGAUAGUUGUCGGCCUUUAUCCCGAAAUCCUGCUGAGACUUACAAAAAACAUUAAGGCUGCAAACCAAAAGAAGGUGCAAUUACAGUUACCCAUGCUGAUCUCCUACAGAGAGUUGGAGAAUGGUUAUCUCUCUAGACUCGAUGGUGAAGAAUACAACCUAAACCCACUAUUGUCAUCAUUAGAACUUUAUGAAUGAUCGUCAUCAUUACACUGUGCAAGUUCAACCACUAAAGAUAUGUUACGUCGGUGGAUUUAUUAGAAGACUUGUUCCAAAGCACAUCUUUGCAACACUCCUUUACAAGAAAAAAAAAAAGUCUAACUUUGCCCGGGCAAAUAAACCAAGAACACGCAUUUGCAUGACAAGGUGAAACCAGAUGAAUAUGUCCAACAAGUCAUGGUCUUCUGAUUGUACACAAUACUUUAAAAAGAACAAUAUACUUUUAUAUUGAGCUUAGUGGUCUUGCUGCCAACAAAGCAAUGGAUGCGCAAGGAAUGAGGCUUUAUAAGAAUAAAUAUCUUGGUGCAUGUGCUGUGUCCAGCAACCUUUUCCAGGGCACUUUCACGUCUUUGGAAUUUAGAAGAUCACUGUAUUCAGCUCUCAAAACAAAAUAUUCUGGUUCCAUAACAACCAAAUCAUAUUACACAUAUAAUUUUCUAACAGAUCUUAACACAUUUUCAUACACUUUAAAAAGCAUAUUUUCAUAAAGGCUUACUAAAAUUGUUAAAUCAAAAAUGUUAUUGUUUAAAAUCGGUUUUGUUCUUUUUUAUCCAUAAGUUUUUGCCUUUGAAACAUUUAUACAUUUCUUACAUUUUUUUGAAACAAGAAAUUUCUGCAAAACAUUUCUUACUGAAAUUUUACCUUUUUAUUUUUUUUUGUUCAAAUUACAUUUUUAAAGCGAUGGGUGUUUGCUCAAUUUUCUUUUUAUUUGUUAAUGCAAAUUUUCACCUGUAUAAAAAGUUACUACUCUCAUGAGUAUUCUGCUUUAGAAUACAGAAGGAAAAAAGGAUAGUGGCCUGGGUUAAGUUUGAAUAAACAAGACUCCGCCAAGUUAUGCCGGGGCUUUAAUAACAAAGAUGGCAUUUAGUUAAUUGUGAUGACAUUGUGCACAAUUGUAAAUUAUAUUUAUUUAAGAUGGCAAGGUAUAUUUUUCUACCGGGUGUCAUAUGCAA